UUUUUGUGUGAUUAGCUUUGACUUUGUGUCGAUGGUACUGUGUUUACGAAUCGAAUUAUGGAUGUGUUGUGAUUGAAAAAAUGAUCUGGGAGAUUAAAAGUCUUCAUCUUUAUGACUGUAAUUAAGCUGUUUCGGUUAUAAGAAUGGCUGAGGCAACACCAGCUUUGAGGAAGCCUGUGUUCACAAAGGUUAAUGAGCUGAGACCUGGAACCAAUGGUCACUCUCUGAACGUGAAAGUUGUCAGCACGAAGAUGGUGAUGCAGAGAGGUGGUGGAGGAGGAGGUCGUCCCAGUGGUCCUCAGGCUCGUCAGAUGAGGAUUGCAGAGUGUCUUGUUGGUGAUGAGACUGGAAUCAUUAUCUUUACUGCAAGAAACGAUCAAGUGGAUUUGAUGAAAGAAGGCAAGUUUGUGACCCUGCGCAACGCGAAGAUCGACAUGUACAAGGGAUCUAUGAGGCUUGCAGUUGAUAGAUGGGGACGCGUUGAAGUCGCUGAGGAGCCCACAGACAUGACCGUCAAGGAAGAUAACAAUCUUUCCCUCAUCGAGUAUGAGCUUGUGAACGUUGAAGCUUGAUCUGGUUCUCAGCCACCGAGAAAGAAAGCAGAGUUACUCAAAAAGUCCCAUUCUCUAGUUGUAGAAGCAAAUUGCAUCUGCUUUGAGUUUUUUGCUUAUCAGAAUUUGCAGUUGGGUUUGUUGCUGAUUCGAGUCUUUAUGUAUUAUCUAGCUUGAUGGAUCAUUCUCUUGUUCUAGUUUUGGUUUCUUUGUGUUGUCUUUAGACGUUAUAGAAAAUAAACUUAUAAAGACAUGUGUAACGACGAGAACAAUAAGUUUAUUUUAUU